CAACCUUUUUGCCCCGGAGGGCCAGAGCGUGUACAGACUACACGACGGCCUGCUGCCGGACUUGACGACGACCGCGUUGUCUCUGCUGCGUGAGCGUCCCGAAGCAGCAGCAGCAGCAGCAGCAGGACAGCAGCAGCAGCAGCAGCAGUGGGCAGCAUUUGAGUCCGUGCUGCAUGCAAUAUCUGCUGUGGUUCAUGCUGCGGACUGGCGGGCCAACGACUCGCUGCAGCAGCUGCUGCUGGGCCUGCUGUCGCCGGUGUCCAGCAUGAGCGCCCCGGAGGGGUCAGGGGGAGCAGCAGCAACAGCAGAAGCAGCAGCAGCAGCAGGAGCAGCAGCAGCACCAGGAGCAGCAGCAGGAGUACCUUGGGUGCUGGGGUCUCACCGCGUGCUUCUGGGCUCCGCGCUGCAGCUGCUGGGCGCGCUGGACUGGUGGCUGCUGGAGCAGCCGCGGCUGCUGCCCACUGUCCUGCUGCUGCUGCAGCAGUCGCUGCUGCUGCCGCAAGCUUCCGAACAGUGCUUCCCCCUUUCUUCUAAAGAAGACCACUUAGGCUGCGUCUCGCUGCUGAAGCUUUGCUUAGCUUCCGAAGCUCCUGGCAUUUGCUGCUGGGCGCAGCCGCUGCAGUCGCCGAUCUCAACUCAGAGUUUCUGCAGCUUGGCAGUGCACUUGGUGGAGGUGGUCGCGGCCAUUCCUGCUAGCAGCAGCAGCAGCAGCAGCAGCAGCAGCGGCGGCGGCAGGGGCGCGGAACCCGAAGACGCCCUCAGCAGGUGGGCAGCAGCACAGAGGCAGCUCUGCAUGCAAAGCAGACACUGCGUUGUUGCUGUUGCAGGGAGGCUGCUUGCUGUUUCCUGCCGCAUACACGUGGCGCAGCAGAUGCAGCAGCUCGUGCUGCAGCAGCAGCAGCUGCAGCAGCAGCAGCUGCAGCAGCAGCAGCAGCAGCAGCAACAGGACCCCUACAUGAUUGUGGGGUUCUUCGUUAGUCGACAUAUGGAAAUUCUGCGGGGCCUCGCAGAGCAGCUGCACGUGCAGCCCCUUGCUGCAGCAGCAGCUGCAGCAGCGCGGCCCCAAAAGCAGCUUGUUGCAGCAGCAUGCACGUUCGUGCUGCAGUCUCUGGAAGCGUUUCUUUCUGCAUGUCUGCAGCCGCUUCUAGAGCAGAGUGCAGCAGCAGCAAAACUCAACAGCGGGUUUAGCCUAGGCAGCAUGUGCUGCGGCCGGCGGCCUGCGCCGGUGCGGGCUCUCGGCGGCAGCAGCCGACAGCAACAGCAGCAGCAGCAGCAGCAACAGCAGCAGCAGCAGCAGCAGCAGCAAUCGCACUGUCCGCUACUUUCCUGCACCAUACUAAAAAGGUUAGGAUUUUAUAGCGUGCGUCAACGAGCUGCACGGAGGCAGCAGCAGCAGCAGCAGCAGCUUCUCCAACAGCAGCAGCAGCAGCAGCAGCAGCCGGUCUUAGGAAUAGACAGCCAGCUGGAGCAAACGAUAGACGGGAGUGCACCAGCAGCAAAUGCAGCAGCUGCUGCUGCUCUUGCUGCUGCUCAUGGCCUCAUGCGGCUGCUCGUGCUGCACCUUAACGAAUCUGCACAGACACUCCGAACGCUAGUUGCUGCAGCAGCAACACUUGCUGGUGGCAAAAGCGGGCAAAGCCAACAAAUAUCAAGUUUGGUCGGUGCAUUGUCUUCCUUCUUGUCUUUUGGCCUCCAUGCGGCGCUGCGCCUUGGGGGAGAUGCUUCAGCAGCAGCAGCAAAAGGCCUCAUUGCUGAGCUGCGGGCGCUGCUGCCACCUUGCCCGUAG